AUGGAAGAGGCGAUCAAUAGGCUGACAGAAGCGGUAACCGCUGGUCGAGAGGGAGGAGGUGCGGCCGUACGUGGUAACCAUCGCCACGUGGGGCAAGAACAGCAGUUACAACCGGUGAACCGAGGGGAAAACUUGAAUCCUUUUUCGCAAGGGAGGACAGUAAAGCUGGAGUUUCCUCGAUUCAAGGGAGGGGAUCCUACGGCGUGGAUAAGCAAAGUCAAACAAUACUUUGAUUAUAACCACACACUCGAGGACCAGAAGGUAGGCUUCGCUUCCUAUCACCUGGAGGAUGAGGCUAAUGAGUGGUGGCAGGCAACAUCAAAGGCGUUACGAGAGGAUGGGAUCAACAUCGCUUGGCCGAUCUUCGAGGAGGAACUGUGGGUACGUUUCGGCCCUGUUUACGGUGAAGACUUCGAUGAAGCCUUGUCAAAAAUCCAACAGACGGGAACGUUGCAGGAGUACCAAUGA